GGUGCAUUUAAUUUUUUCAACAUUAAUUUUAAUUAAGUUAAUUAAAGAUGUACUUAAACCGAAGAACCCAUAAAGAACCAGAAAUCAACAUGCUUGUAACCAGUUCAAUGGCAGCAUGGAAUACAGGACAAUUAGGCCAAGAAUUAUUGGCAAAGGAACAAGAGAAGCUGUUAAAUCCAAUUCAAGUAGCACCAGUUAAUAAGGAACAAAAUUUAAAAGAAAUAGUAAGGAAAUAUCAGGAAAGUCAGUAUUAUAAUUAUUCUGUAUUUCUUGGCGAAUUAGGACAAUUGGGUUAUUGUACAUUGCCAAUAGAAAUGCCGACAAUCCUAGAGAUUGUACCAAAAACACAAGCAAAUGAUAGAGCAUGUGGAACUUAUGCUGAACACAGACAAAGAACUAAGCGAGAAAAUGACACAUUUGAGUGCAAUAAUGAGAAUCCCAAUAAGAAGUUCAAGACUGAUGACGGAUGGGGUGAUGAAUCAGCCACAACCACAUCAAAUUCAGGCUGGGGAGACGAAAAUGGUAUCAAAAGUGCCAAUACUAAGCCUUCAAGGCCAAAUCAAAGCCAAUCAACUUGGGAUGAUGAUGAUGAUAAUAAGCAGCAUAAAAGUCAAAAUUAUCGGUCUAAAGGCGAUAAUCGUAAAAACUAUAACUCUGCAAAUCGUAUGCAGACAGGCUGGUCUGAUGAAGAAAAUGAUCAAUCGCGAAAUAGCAAAAGAUUUGGAGAAAGUCGCGGUUAUAAUGACAAUAAUGAUCGAGGAUUUGAAAGACGUGGAGGUGGAAAUAAUGAUCGAGGCUUUCGUGGGCGUGGUCGUGGUAGAGGAAGAGGUCGUUGUGGUCAAUGGGAUGAUAAUAAUAAUGACAGAUACAAUAAUAAGAGCAAAAAUAAUGAAAGUGCAGCUGCAAGUGGCUGGUCAGACGAUGAAAGCAAGUCAACAACUAAAUCUGAUGUUGCUAACAAUAACAAGACUAAAAUUGAUCCUAUUGAUGAUUGGGACAAUCCACAGCCGACUAUAAAGCAGGAUUCAGUAACAAAUCCAAGCACAGCGUCAAAAGUUACCGAUGAUGGAUGGGAUGACUAGUUACUGCCGACCAUUAUAAUUUGAAAUAAUUCGAUAUUCAUUACUUUAACUUGAUUUUUUUAAAAAGGAAACGCCGCAUAAGAUUUGUUUUUAUUAACUUCUUAGAGAAUUUAAAGAAGUUUUUGAUAUACUUUUGUAUGAAUUUAUAUUUACGAUGAAGAAUAUAUUAAACGCGAUUUAAAAUGAA